AUGCCUUUCACCGCAUCUGACAUCUGCAAGAUCUUCUUCGCCAUCAUCCUGCCUCCUCUGGGUGUCUUCCUGGAGCGCGGAUGUGGUGCCGACUUCCUGAUCAACAUCUGUUUGACCAUCCUGGGUUGGAUCCCCGGUAUCAUCCACGCCCUCUACAUCAUCUUCAAAUACUAG